AGUAACACUCAAACCAUGCUCAUUUUUGACACGCUGUACCUAAGGGUUUGUGAAGACAAAUACCUAGAGUGUGACUUGCAUUGCUGAUCUUUUGGAAUUUGAGAUAAUGCCCAACAAAGCCCAAGAGGAUGCUGUAAUUAACUUGAAGACAUUGCAGGAGAUUUCCAUGCAGCUUGGUUUUGAGUGGACAGUUUUGGCGUAUGAGCUUGGCUUCAACAGAACUGAAAUAGGGCGGUUCCACAGCAAAUCUACAGAGAAGAGUGUCCAGGCUAAGACCAUGUUGGAAAGCUGGUAUGAGAAGUCAUGGGAUAAACCCAAUAAGACCAAGCUGCUGCAAGAUGGACUGGAGCGAGCAGGCAGACGGGACCUGGCUGAGAGGCUGCGCUGCCUCCACUGGGGCCACCAGAAGCUGAGCCGCAGGGUUGAGCUGCCCUCCGCCUUCCCCUUCAUCAUCACAGUUCAUAAGACCAUCCACAACCAAGAUGCACUACGCAGGAUCAAUGACCUCAGCCGUAGAUACACUUAAAGCUGGACAGAAAUGCACAUAGUCGUGGCCAUACCCAUACUUCUUAUCUGACACUCAUAAACUCAGCUGAACACUGUGAGUAAUCUGAAAUAAAUGUACUGAAUGUCGCCGAACAAACAAAUGUGAAACAUGAGCCAUGUAAUUUCUUCCUUGUAAAAUAUUAAGGCUUUGCAGUAAAGAUGAAGAGCAAAUGUUUA